AGUGUAGACUCCGUUGAACUUGGUUCAGCCUCAGGAUAUCUUUGCCUGACUGUCAAUCACUCUUCGACGAUCUGUCAAUUCAGCUGUUGAAAGUUGAACACCACUAGCUAUGGGACAGCUCUUCCCAAGGUCGUUGAGGAAUACCCCCCUGUUUUUCUCGAGUCGUCACUUCUCAAACAGCCUUAGCAAUUGCCGUCGGUCUUACACUAUACUCGGACUCGAGUCCUCCGCGGACGAUAGCUGUGCUGCUAUAGUUACAUCCUCUAGAAAAAUAAAAGCAAAUAUUGUCAUCAGACAAGAUGCCGAACAUCAGCAGUAUGGUGGUAUCCACCCGUAUGUUGCAGUACAGUCACAUCAAAGAAAUAUGCCAAUUGCUGUGAAACGAGCUUUGGCUGAAGCGCAAUGUUCUGUGCAUGACAUUGACGGCAUCGCGUUCACUCGCGGUCCAGGGAUGCCAGGGUGUUUGACUGUUGCAGCAACCACGGCAAAAGCACUCGCCGCGGCUCUGGGGAAGCCUCUGGUUGGCGUUCAUCACAUGCAUGCUCAUGCACUGACUCCAUUUCUCUCUCAACCGGAAGACGAUUUGCCAGCGUACCCGUUCUUAACAUUACUACUAACUGGUGGACACACGCUCUUGUUACUGGCCACGUCUCCUAACUCAUAUGAGAUUCUGGCUGAAUCCAUUGACAGUACAAUUGGGUUCGCUUAUGAUCGCGCAUCUCGCGCCUUGGCUAUGCCACCACAUCCGAAAGGGCCAGGAGCAUCCCUAGAAGCCUUCUGCGCUCAACCGGCAGAUGAUUCCGAGCUACAGGACCUCAUGCAACCUCUUGGCGUACCACUGCACAAUAGAAUGGCUUUCUCCUAUGCCGGUAUUGUCGCGCAAAUCAUUCUACGUAUCAAGGAACUCGGUGAUAGCCUUAAUGAUCAGACAAAGCUGGCUCUUGCUCGUGCUUUCCAAAACGCUGCCGCACGUCAUCUCGAGGAAAAGUUGCUCAUGGCGAUCAUGUCAUGUCGAAAGCGCAACCUUGAUAUUAAGCAUAUGGUUAUGAGCGGCGGAGUUGCCAGUAACAUGUUCCUUAGGAAUCGUUUACGAAGUUGUUUGGAAGCUGCAAGUUUGGCUUCUCAGUCACCUAUCAAGCUGAUAUGUCCACCUCCUGCCUUAUGUACAGACAACGCUGCAAUGAUUGCAUGGGCCUCCAUGACCCGGUUCCUUACCCAGGAUUAUGAUGAUCUCACCGUUUCCCUCCGUCCAACAUGGACGCUCACGAACCUCACUCAACCCGAAACGGAGGAUAAAGCAUGGAAGGGAAGAAGGGCUCGCCAUCCAGAAGUUGAUGCUGUAUAGCAUCCAUAUUACACUAAUCACAUUCUCGAACUACUCAGGAAUAGGCUUGAAAUCGCAUUCCAAUUAAUCUUCACAUUGAAGCCUUUGACGUGCUUGCGAAGAUGGGGAAGGCGGCUAAGUCCGGCCACAAGGGUACCGCCAACGCCACCUGCCUGUGGCCAGGUUGUGGAUUGGCACUUUGACAAUAUAAAUGACUCUGAGAUCCCCGCAACACCGCUUAACAACGUACUACCACCCACUCAAUGGAAGAGCCCUCCGACCUUACAGAGUCCAAGAAACGGUCAAGUCCCAUUAUACGUUUACCAAAACGAUCUCGAUGCGAGCGUUGUUAUAAACCCUUUCCUAUCAGUAACGCCGCUGGUCGAGUUACCGGGGAAGAGUCUCGUACGCAUUGCCUCUCAUGCAUAACCCACAAACGAUGCACAAACUGCCACAUCACUAAACCAAGGGUAGAGUUCCUCAAGACGUGCAGGAUUGCGAGGGACAUGCCUGAAUUCGAAGAACUCGCCAAUACUUGC